CCCAGCACCGCCUGCGGCACCCAGAGCUCGAGAGGGAGAGAGAGAUAGAGAGAGAGAGAGAGAGAGAGAGCGCGCCUGACAAAGGGCGACGACUCGCUUUUUGUGUUUUUGUUUUGUUUUUGAUUGUUUGUUUGUUUGUUUUUGUUUUGUUUUGUUUUGUUUUGUUUUUUACCUUUUUUUUUUUUGGGUUUCGCCGGGUUCGCGUCAUCGGGAAUGCGCGUGAAGGGGUAGAUCUGGAGGAGGUGUCGGAGCGCGAAGUGGUGUAGUGUCAAGUGUGUUUAUUUUAUUUUAUUUAUUUAUUGGUUUUUCAGCGGUGUGGAUUCAGAGGGUUACUUCAAGGCUUCGCGAAUGCAGUUUUGAACCUUCGAAUAAGGUGAAGUGUGGGCUCUUGUUGUUGUGAAUAGCGGAGCUGGAUAUCGUGUCUUUCUGGUGUUAGAUUACCGACUGUGGGUGUAGGUGGGUGGGAGGGUUUCUGUGUUUUUCUUCGGACCUUUGAGUAGAGUGGAGUGCGUGGUACUGGAUUUGCGAACAAAGGAGCUGGGUAUCGUGCUUUCCUGGUUGCAGAUUGUCGGCUCCUCUCUUCUCCACUCUGCUUCUUCUUCUGUUUUAUUAUUAUCAUUAUUAUCAUCAUUAUCAUUAUUAGUAUCAUUGCCAUCUUUCAAUUCAAUGGAGGGAUUACAACCGCUUCAGGUGCAUGGGGACAGUUGCGUCGCCUUAUAUUGAGAUCUUGCUGAAUAACAUCCAUCAUCACAUAAUAAGGAUUCUGGGUUUCCCAAGUGUUGCCGCGGAACUGCGUGGAGGAACAGAUCAGAUGAAAUAGUGUACAGAAUGGGUGCUAAGUUCAGGAGUUUCUAGACGCGCAGAUGCAGAUGUGCAAAAUCAUGCUAUACUGAGGAAAGCAUUUUGUAACAUCAUCUGUCUGGUUAGGACUAGUUUAUUUGGCCCCGAGUAGUGAAUGAAGACAAACAGAUCACAAUGUCGAAGAAGAAGAUGGUGAAUGAUGCAACGAAGGAAGCAAAGGAACUCUGGGAACAUCUACUUCAUGAGAAGCAGGCUUUGCCCUAUUUAAUCCCCGUCUUCCUCUUGGCGUGGAUUUUGGAGCGGUGGAUCAUAUCAUUCUCCAAUUGGGUUCCCGUGUUUGUUACCGUCUGGGCCACUCUCCAGUAUGGUAAACAUCGACGUGAGCGUGAAGUGGAGGAUCUAAACAACCGAUGGAGAAGGCAUAUUCUUUGUAGUCAGCCAAGCACACCUAUUGAGCCCUGCGAAUGGCUCAACAGGAUGCUUAUGAAUGUCUGGCCUAACUUCUUGGAGCCCAAGCUUACUGAAAGAUUUCGUCGAAUUGUCCAGAGUCGGUUGAAGGAGAAGAAGCCUAGACCCAUCAUCAGUAUGGAAGUCGCGGAAUUCCAUCUAGGAACAGCCCCACCUAUGUUCGCGCAUGAGGGAGCUUACUGGUCGACGGAAGGCGAGCAGGCGGUAUUAAACAUGGGUUUCGAGUGGGAUACUACUGAAAUGACUAUUCUGAUUUCUGCCAAAUUGGGGGGACCUCUGCGCGGGAAAACCGCUUCCAUCUUAGUCAAUAGCAUCCAUAUCAAGGGUGAUUUGCGCUUACUUCCUGUUCUGGACGGACAAGCAGUGCUUUUUUCCUUCAAAAAUACCCCGGAGGUCAGGAUAGGCUUGGCCUUCGGCAGCGGCACCCUGUCUUAUCCUCAAACAGAGCUUCCUUUUAUCUCAUCUUGGUUGGAGAAAUUACUAGUCGACACUCUUAAUCGCACAAUGGUGGAGCCCCGAAGAAGGUGUUUCUCUCUUCCUGCCGAGGAUAGGAAAAAGAAGGCAGUUGGGGGCAUCUUUUCGGUUACUAUUGUUUCAGCUCGAGAUUUGACAAAAAGCAGCGCCCAAGACUCUAGAAACUCUAGCAAUGCAAUGAUGUCCAACGGUGAUGCCAGUGUCCAUUUGAGCAACAAUGGAAGUAACAAUGGAAGUAGCCAUGGUGGCAGCAAGAAUGGAUCUGUAAACAAGAAGUCUGAGAAACUGAGGUUUGUGGAGAUUUCAUGUGAGGAUUUGACCCGCAAGACAGGCAUGCAGAGUGGUCCCUUCCCUCAUGUAUGGAACGAGACCUACGACAUGGUUUUGCAUGAAAAUGUGGGCACUGUGCACCUAAAUGUGUACGAGCAAGGCCAAAAUGUCAAAUAUGACUUUUUAGGAAGUUGCGAAAUUAAGGUGAAGUACGUCGACGAUGACUCCACGAUCUUCUGGGCUGUGGGUCCAGCUCAGAGUGUUCUUAUUUCUCGAGUUGAAAGCUGUGGAAAAGAAGUCGAGUUCACUAUCCCCCUCGAAAACGUAGCAUCUGGAGAGGUGACCGUAAAACUUGUCCUUAAAGAAUGGCAAUUUUCUGAUGGAUCGAAAGCAGUAGCAAAUUCUUCUCCGAGCAGUUCAAUGCUUGGCCAACAGAACUCAGCGGGAGCUCAAUCAAUGCGACCAACUCUUACUGGUAGAAAGCUCCGCAUCUCUGCAAUUGAGGCCCGAGAUUUGGCUCCAAUGGACAGGACUGGUAAAAGUGAUCCAUAUCUAAAGUUGUUUUAUGGCAAGCUUAUUCGCAAGACAAAAAUCGUGAAUCAGGAACUGAAUCCCACGUGGAAUCAAGAUUUUUUAUUUCAAGAGGUAACCGGUGGAGAGUAUCUCAAAAUCAAGUGUUAUGAUGCUGACCGCUUUGGAGACGAGAAUUUGGGAAGUGCACGAGUGAAUUUGCAAGGAAUCGAGGAGGGAACUCCUAAAGAUGUGUGGGUACCCUUGGAGAAAAUUAAGCAAGGAGAAAUUCACCUUAGAAUCGAAGUUGUUGCCCCUGAGCUCUCACAGAUUCCUUCCAGUAAUGGCUCCGAAAAUGGAUCACAUCCAACUGGGGAUGGAUGCGUGGUGGAGAUCGUGCUCGUUGAGGCCCGAGACCUUGUAGCAGCGGACUGGGGAGGAACAAGUGAUCCGUAUGUUAGUGUGCGAUACGGUCAAAUCAAAAAACGUACUAAGGUUGUCUACAAAACAUUAACUCCAACCUGGGGUCAAACUCUGGAAUUCCCAGAUGAUGGAAGUCCUUUAGUCCUUCAUGUAAAGGACUACAACAACAUUCUCCCUACUGUUAGCAUAGGUCAUUGUGAUGUGGAUUAUGAGGGACUACCUCCAAACCAAAUGCUGGAUUCAUGGCUACCAUUGCAAGGUGUGAACAAGGGCGAAAUCCAUGUUAAGGUAACUCGCAAAGUUCCAGAGAGGCUUGUCAAGGCCGCUUCUGAAGAGCAGCCUAAGCCCACAUUUGCCCCGACCUACAGUGGGAAUGCAAAACUUCAGAGAAGUGCCGGGAAGGUGCGGUCGUUGCUUAGAAAGGCCAUGGCUCUCGCCGAAGAGGAGGAGGACAUUGAAGAGAUCCGACAAAUGUUGGAAGAGUUAGAAGGUGCUGAAGAGGAGCGUGAGGUUACCAUUUCACAGCUUCAGAAGGACAGGGAUGUCCUAAUCGCUAAAGUAAGGGAGCUGGAAAAAGCAAUGAGUGGAUUUUUCUAGGCACCAGGUUUGAUUUUUCCUCCAAUGCAGAUGCUUAAGUGCAUUAUGGAAAAUUGGAUUCAUCCUGCUUUGCGUUGCCUUGAUGGAAGUUCCUCAGGAUGCACACUAUUUCGGUCCUGGUACAGCUCAUGUCCAUAACUUCUAUCUCCCCAGAACUGCCUUCCAAAGUUUUGGCGUUCGCAUGGCCUGGUCUGCUCCAAAUUAGCGUUUGCAUCCCUUGUGGCAGAUUCCACCCCUUGUACAAAUAUGGAUUAGCUUUGCAUGCCUGACAAUCUGAGGCGUGUUUCGAAUCAGGAGUUUUAGUCAAUCCUUAGGAGGCUCAAUUGAACUUAUCACAGUAAAGAGUACUGGUCAGGAAAAGAGGAGUGAGCAUAUCUCAUUGCCCUGAGUCCCAUUCCACCUUGAUCAGUUCUAUCCUCGGUGUUAUAUUACACCAUCUACAUAAACAAUUUCAAUUUUUUAAAUCAUAUAUUUUUGGGUCUCUUGUACAUGCUUUACACUUA